GGAGAGGAAGCAGCCUGGUUCGAGCACCAAAGACCUUCCAGCUGGGGUUCUCCGCUCCUGCUUCCAUCUCCAUCUCAUUCCGAGGGGACCGGGUAGAUCAAGACUAGGAGAUAGGAUCCCCAAUUCGAUGGACGAGAAGAAAUGGAAUCAAUACACUCGAUCCAUUGCUUCCACCCCUCUCCGAUGCAGCCAGCCCGGGACCCGGACUCGGAUUGAAGCCACUGUAGUUCAGAUACAGCCUUACGACUGACUGAGUGAAGGUUGGUUGGGAAUAUUUCGCUUUACUUAGAUGAUAAUCUAAAAAGGCCCCAUUAACUUAAAAAAUAGAAAUCAUAUCGAAACGAUCGGGUACGACUGGGAAAAGAGAGACUGUCUGGGGAGCAAGCUACGGCUUCAAAGCGCUUACGUAGGCUAGUAAGGUGCGUUAGCCAGCAAGCAGCAAGCAACGACCUAUUACGUUACGUGAACACAUUUUUACGAGUCCCGUGAGCCGGCGAGAAGAGUUUUAGUCUUAUAAAAGCAUUGAAGGGAUAAGACUAGUCUAGAGCCAAAGUAGCAGUAGGCAUAGAAGCUGUCUUAGGACCGAUACUAGCUCUUUAUGUCUAGCCUGUUGCUGGUAGCUCUAUGCUAGCAAGAGCUAGCCGGUCUCAAAAGCCUAAUUCCUGAAAGAAUGGUAUUCGCUAGCCUUUCAACCAUCGACAUAUCUGUUCCCCGAUCCUUCCACACCCGAGCAAACCAAGUCACGUUGCAGGACCUGCUCUCGCAUUUCUUUCAUUAGAAAACUCCAGUUCGUGAUCCUUUGUCUUCAACUAGCGGCUUUGAUCUUCUCUUCCCGAUUCCUAUACCAUACGCAUCUAUCCUCAUUUAGAGCAAUGCUGUGUCCAUCUUCUUGAACUAAAGGACAUACGCAAGUUUCAAGUCGAAUUCCAUAUCCAUCCCACAGACAAUUAUGAACCAAAAAGAGCAGGAGCAGGUUCGGGCCCAUCUAGCUCAGCUUUUUAUGGCGAGACAAGACAAGCAAAAGCCAUAGGGCUGGCAUUGAAUGGUACACCCCCUUAGCUCGUUAGGACAGGGAGUCUUAGUAUUCGUAGCACUCAUAAGAAUAGCCUCGUCAGAUAGAAAAAGAUUGACGCUACCCUUUUCUUUAUCUUUUCCCCUUUGCCCGUUUUUGACCGAGAAGAGAACCCGCUAUAUCCCGGGGAAGAAAAGUCUGUAUCCAAGCUAUCCCAGUCGUGAAUAAGGAAAGAAAGACAUUAUGGUCCGUAAUAGAUAAGCAGAAAAAGUUGCUAUUAACCAAGAAGGGGACCCCCAGCUUUCAUCUAUCCAAACUAUGCUAGGGUAAUUGUAGUAGAAGCUAAGCCAAUAGCGUUGGGCUUUCAUCUUUAAGAGCUAUCUUAACUUAAGUAAGGGACCAACUGAUUGAAGCUUAAAAACACGUCUUUCCAUUCAUAUGAUCCCAUUCAAGGGGCUAUGCUAAUAGUAAACCAAGCUUUAUCCGCGCCAGGAUAGGAUGUUCACUCAUCAAUCGAUCAUAUUUGCCUUUCUUCUUUCUAACUCUUCCACUAAGAUUUGAAGCAGAUGGAAGAGAAGGCAUUUACUGCAUACUGGGGUGCUUUCUCCCGAUUACUUAUUAACAAUUUCCUUCCACCAGCGUGUUAGUAUGAUUUUUUCUUACCUACUAAAGCAGUCAAUCACGCUAUCCUUCCUUACCCUUCAACCAACCCCUUCGAUUCCGUUUCUGCAGCAGUAUAGUUUAUCGCCCCCUUACCUUGAUGCCUACAGCUCAAUUUGUUUUCCAGUAGUGAUGGCAAGAAUCCGCGAAAAAAUGUUAUUUAUCCUUUUUUUUGUGUUCUUUCUGAAUGGAGCUACACGAGGGAAAGCUCAGCUUUCUACUCUGCCGCAAAAGGGGGGCCGCUUUCUUCUCUCAAAAAAUGCAAGUUCCGCCAUCCGGGCCCAGCAAGCAGCAGAAUUAUGUUCCAAGGCUUCGUUCGUUUCAUUCCAGCAAAAGCAGUAUAUGGUUCGAAGCGCCUUGUUCCAUCCGGCGAGAAUCCCCUAAAUUCUUUUACUUUGAAAGGAAAUACACCUCUGUAGGAGGCCUAAGACGAAGAAACGCAGUUGCUCGAUUGAAAGGUGAGGACGCAGAACUUCCCUUUUGGCUUUCUUCCGCUAGGAAAUUGGACUCUGACUGAGUGUGGAUGACCGACUUGGCAUUCUCAGCCGGCCUCCUUGCUACGUUGAAAGAACACAGGGAGUGGAGCGGCCCGUCUGAGUACAUAAGAGAUUGUUCCCCAGAAGAGGUUGUUGGAGAAGUCCCCGGAUAGGCAGAUCCGGAUAAACGAAAGGGGCUUGUCCUCACUUACUUGAGCAAGGAAUGAAAGACUCGCUUGCUUAGCGCAGGACGGAACAAGAAAGGAAAGAAAAAGAGAAAGACCCAUUAUUCAACUAAGAGAAAAGCAAGUAGCACAAUCCCCUCACCUAGGGAGAAGACCCCUUCUGAUUCUUGUACGUAUACUAGAUCUGUCUGGAUUGGAUCUACUAGAAGAGGCAUCACUCGAGUGAUGCCUCUAUUUAUGUAGGCAGGAGGAGCGACUGGGCUCUCUCGAUUCAUAGCAACUGGGAGAGGGGAUGGCGGAACUUCAACCAGUACUUGUCUGGCAUGGCCGGUUUAAUAAUUCCUUUUAGAGAUAGAGCUAGAAGCGCGGUUAAGCUAUCACGCUUAGUGACAUAAACAAAGAAGCUCCCUGGGGCAAGGAAAGUUAGCCACCUCUUUCACCCUCGGAGGGGUUUCCUUCGAUAGAGGAUUGGGAAAGGCAUUACUACUAUAUUACUUGGCAGGUUUCAUCAUUCUUCGGAUCGAUGUGGGAAGGGCGCUUUCCACUAUAUGAGCUAGGAAAGCCCGUCUUUUGAAUGAAUUAACAAACCUUUUCCCUCCUUGGAGUGAGAUCAUCACGAGAAGGUUUUAGAAAACCCGGGAUUUUCGCUUAAAGACCGAUUUAUCUCCGUAGACUCAGAGAAAAAUCGAAUCGUUUUGACCUGGCUUAAAAAGACGCGAUUUACGAAUGAACAAAGAAGAAGCGAAGCGGGGAAGCCCCCUAAGGAGAUAAUUGCUAUGUCUGUCGGAAAAUCGUUAUCUACGCAAUUACCAAUACCCAAUAGAUUGAAAUCAAGGAGAAUAUGCCCCUUCCCUUAAGCUAAGCCGCCCACCUAAGUCCUAAUCCUUCACCAAAGAGUGAAAUCGUAUCCGCCUCUCAGUCAGUCAUCGCCUAAUCAAUCCUUCGAAUCCUAUCGGUCAGCGCCUAGUCUCUUUCUAAGUGCUCGAAGUCGGCUAAGGUUCAAUGCUUUUUGGUUGCUGCUUUGUCCCUCGUCACCCUAAGAUAGGACUUUGUUUGCUUUCUUUCCUGCGCGAGUAUUGUUGUAAGGUGGAAUGCUUUCCAAGCUUUCGGGUAAAUUGGCUUUGCCUUGAGGUCUUAUAUUCCGUAUAGUAAGCCCGGUUGGUAUAUUGUUGUAUGAAAAGGAGUCGAUUACCUAUUUACCCUAGUCCCGAAAUCCAACUCGAUCUUAGUCUUCCCGCCCAGCACGUAUUCCUAAAGUGGUCGAUGUAGGUUAUGGGAUUGCGCUUGUAGGACAAUUUCCGUAUCGCCUUUUGGUUAACCGGCUUUGUUUGGGUGCAUCCAACAUGCUGAAGUUUUAGACUUUGCAAACCUCGAUAACCACCCGCUCCUCUUUGAAUGAGGAGCUUCACUCUUUAGAAAAGACAGACUCCCACUCCUAAACAGAGAAGAGCAAGGUGCGUAGCGGAAAUCCAGUCUUUUCCUUCUUUCCCAUCGGGAUGUCUGUGCAAGCCUGUCUCUUUUUAGAUAGUCAUUCCUUUCUUUCCUUUGUUAGAGAAUCACCCCUCUCUGGUCUGGUAGGAAUUCCCUCUCUUCUGUAGUCAUGCCAGGGAGUGAGGAAAGCCGCUUGAAAGCCAGUACGGUACCACUCUCUCCGCUAUAAGAAUGGGGUAAGCCGAUCCCAUUCAUUGCUUUCAAUCGGGGUGAAAGAAAGGCUAGUUAAAGGUCUUUUCGAUAAAUGACGUCGUAUCUCCGGUCGAGUGGAACCAAGGCUCCUGGCCGAUUUAAAUUGAAUAAUAAAAAAGAUCCUCUAAAUAAGAUAAGGUGAGACCUCAUGCUUGUAGCUUCUCUUCUUGCUACUCGCUACUAAUAAAGAAAUGGCGUGAUAUAAGAUCAAAUUAUCCCUGUAUCCCCCCCUAAAUCAAGAUGAGAUGGGCGGGUUCAGUCUGAUUUUCAAAUGCCGUUGACUUCGACCUUUAGCGAUUCGCCCCUGAACCUAGAAAAAAAAACCUAUGAUGCCUUCCUCCCUUCGGCUUUCAGAGUUUUGAACUAAGCGGACUUUGCAUUGGCAGCUGAGCUUCUUCCGAUCCUCACUCAGGCAAUCAAGGAAAGGGUCGUGAGGAUCCCAACUCUGAGAGGAAGCCAACAUUGACUGACUUUCAUGGUUCAGAUUCGACAAAAAAGAAGAAGAACCAACAAGAUAAGAUCGAGCGGUCUCUGCUCCUCUCUAACUAAGAGGAGAAGCGGAACUGUCUAUGGACUGCCUUGCUUGAUCAUCCUAUCAGUCAUGGUAACGAAUUGAGUAUCUCUUCUUCGGUAGCUGGUUUGACUGUUUGUGAUAGAACAAAACAAUAGCAAGAUAUAUCGUAGUAAAGUAGAGCUAUAGACUGCAUGAUUGGCUUGUAGGAGAAAGAAAAUAAGGAUUCGGGACAAGACGGAGAUGCAAGCUUGUCUGCUAUUGGAUGUUCUAGUUUAGCUCGCGGAUUGGUCUUCAUUGCGCACCAUCCGGCUGGUAAGAAGUUGAGAUUGUUCCGCUAGUGUUGCUUGGUCAACAAUUUGGAGAGUUUGCUUUUCUUUCAUCUUUCUAAGAGCAGUCUGUUUGAUCAAAUCAGGGAUCAGACCGCUCCUGGUGUUCGAACUAGUCAUUAAUGGUCGGCUUCAUUGGUAUCCUUUCGGUAUGCGUUGCGAACACUUUCAUUUUGAGCGUCUCAUCUUCUCUAGAGAAGCGAAACUCGAACGGAUAGAGCAGAUGGUCCAACUACAUAACUUUUUAUUUUUCAUUACUUCUAUGGUCGUGCCUCGUGGCACGGCAGCACCCUUACUAUUGAAAUGGUUCGUCAGUAGAGAUGUUCCCACUGGUGCCCCUUUUUCCAAUGGGACUAUAAUUCCUAUUCUUAUCCCUUCAUUCCCUCUUUUGGUCUAUCUACAUUCCAGGAAAUUCAUACGCUCCAUGGACGGAGCAAAAAGUGGAGUCUUGGUCAGAGCAAGCCGCCCUAUUCUAUUACCAGACAUAAUUGGGAGAAGCUCAUCCGAAACUAGAGCUGGAAACGCCUCAUUUCGUUUCGUUCCCGUUCUUCAUUUCCUUCUUAUCGAAUCCAAGGGGGACUUCUCAUAUUUAGAAUCUUUCUGCGGUGUGCUCUGUUUACUAUUCUUUCGUACUCUCUUCUCUUUACCACGCGAUAGGUCAGCAAAGCGUGAGCGGGCGCGGAGAAGGAAACGCCAAACACUUCGGCCUAAGCCUAACGGGAAUGAGCAACAACGAAAUGACAAGAUGGGGUGCUCCGGGCACCCCCAUUUAGAAAGAAGGGUCGAAGGUUUUUGGCCUGUAGCUUUCCGUCCCCCUUCGUCGGGUGGUGCUUGUGUGGGGGGUGUGCCACCUGAACCUGAAAUCGGGCUUGAAGCUCUCGCCUUACCAACGAGCCGACAGCUGAUGGCUGUUGGUCACGACUACCACCAAAAAGCUCCAAUGAAGAUGAAUAUUUCACAUUUUGGAGUGUGCAUCUGUAUGUUGGGUGUUCUUCUGUCGUGCGACCCGGCGGCUUAUGUGCGACCUGUGGCCCACGCCUCCUAUUUGUUCAGGGCGGGCGGCGUGAACUCUGACUCGAUCCGGGUAUUCAAUCCCGCCGCUGAGAUGCUCAGUUUUUCACUCGGAGAUAGAGACCAGUUACCGAGCCAGUCAGAUGCUUGCCUGGCCUUGUCUAACUCCCCAGUUUCACAAGCAAGCCAGGCAGAUCACCUUGUUCAAGGAUUUCAGAGCGAGUCAUCCUCUGUGAAUCUGCAAGACAGGGAGAGAAAGACAUGCCGGACUCACAAGAGAAAGACAGCCAAUGCAGUCAGUCAGAGAGAGAUGGGAAUUCUGCUAACUGAAUUCGGAAGACUUGCUAGUCUAAGAGAGAUUGGACUCAUGCUUCCGGGAAUCUCACAUGCUGAGAGUCCUGUGAGGAAGGUCUUCCAAGAGAAUGGACCGAUUCGAGAUGUGACAGCGGGUCAGUCAAGAAAGCUGCCAGUUCUAUUCUACGAGCUGCUUCCAAAGUUCGAUCCUUGUCCGAUACGGCAGCUGCUGGGUCUCCCCACCUCUCCUAAACUUCCCCCGGUCUUCGGCCCGAGCUGUAUGAGGCAGAAACUCGCCCCACGUACGGUUCGGAGUCCGAGCCCCACCCUAAUGGUGCGGCUUAGGUCAACUAACACAAAGAAGAUACAGUUCACUCAACGAUUGCCUUUGGGUUCCGAACUCCAUAUGGGGAAGGAGCGUUGUUGUUUCCGAGGUCUCGAUCAUUUACAUGGACCCACUUCUCAUUCCAUUUGUGGGAAUUUGAUGAUCUAUAAACCGUCCCUAACGAAUGAUCGCCUCAUGUUUGAGCAUGAUGAAUCACUUCGUGCCGACCUGUUGCCACUAAACUUUCCGGCCUCAUAUGAGAAUGGAAAACUGGAGAAUUUUCUGCAUCGGUGGAUGAAAAAUCGCGAACAUAAUAAUUUUGGGUUGAUCAUGUUCCCAGAAAAAAGAUACUUUAGAGAAACAACGAGCACGACUGAAGUGGCUAUACAUACAAAUCCAUUUACGGAUAGAUAUGCUUCGAUUGGAACUGGAAGUUCCAGAACAGGCGGCUGGUAUACCACCAUAAUGAAACUGCCUUUUCUUUUUUUUAUUCGGAUAGGAUUUAUGUUGGCUUCGUCGGGAGGCUCGCGUAGUUUGUUACGUCAGCUCCAAAAGGAUGAGUUGCGUUGGAAUCGAGAAAGUUCCGUGGAAUUCAAAAUUGCAUUAAUAAAGGAGUCUUCAACCCUCUCAAUCAAUAGAGGCUAGAUCGGACUAAGGAGAGAGACGGUUGAGUACGGAAGCGAAAGCGGAGAUAUAGGCUAAAAUGCCCAGUGAGAAUACUGACAUGGGUAAGGAGAAAUCCGAAUGACUAGUGGCCAUAACUCAUUAAGCAAUCUUAACCUUUUUCGCUUAGCCUUUCCUCUUUGACCUGUGCCAAACUCUACUCUUGCUGUUGCUGGGUGGAAGAAUUCAUUCAACCUCAGUCGGCUCUUCUUUCACAACCAAUUCUCUUCCUAUUUGUUUGGGCAAAGCCUAAACCGUACUCCUAGUCGGGCACUCACUCUCUUAAGAGAGGGGUAAUACUAUAAGGAAAACAAUAAAGAGAUAUUCAUUAAAGCAAUAAAAGUAAAAGCGGGUGAAUAAAAGACAAAAAGGCCAAGCUGCAAUAGCAAUCCAGGAAGAGCGCACCUUAUUAUCCUUUCAUAGAAGAAAAACUAUAAAGAAAGGGCAUAGCUUCUAAUAGAAGAUAGCCAUAGCCCAUGUAUUUCAGUUGCCAGAUCACACUAAUGAAGUACACACCCAUGCGGAACUAGUCAGACUUGGAAGCCUUACGACUGUAUGAAGUGAGGAAUUUAUGAUUGCCCAGUGAGAGUCAUAUUCAAGAGCAUAAAGCGACUCCCUUUCCCGGCGGAUUAGCUAUUCCUGUCCUGUCUUUGAGCCGACCUUGCCUGCUGGAGGUAUGAUUCCGAUCUUUGAAUCGAAUUUGAUCUUUCGUCUUCAAGUGAGGGCGACGGGUGGGGAUACUUUUGAUCUUCCUCCAGAGCCACUGUUUCUGUCAUCGGGCUUCAAGCGGGUGUUGAGGCUUAUGGUGAGCACAUGUACGACAGAAGAGGGAGCAGGAGGAGAAGCGCUACGGAGAACAAUAAGUUCUUAAGUUUAAGGAUUCAUUUCUACCAGGUGAUGUCGAAGCGGACUUCUGAAAUAAGUUUAAGAAUCUGAGACAAGGUUGUUUUUAUUUUUCAAUCUCUAUGAGAGAGUACAUGGAGGAGUUUAACCUAUUGUCUCUACGAUAUAGAGUGAAGGAGGGAGACAAGAGGCAAUAUUCGAGCUGACUUUUUCUGAGCACGAAUUGCAUUUGCGUUUGCUGGACAGCGUAGAAGCAGCAUACCGUAUUGCUUUGAGGGUCGAAGGACCUACUGGUUGGUUCAGCCAAGAACCAGAAACCGAAUGAAGGAAGCGAAGGUCAGAGUCAAAAUAUGCCGUGGAGAAGAGCUUACUUACUUAUGAGCAAAAGGGGAGUAGCGGAGAGAGACGUUCCCGAAAGGCACCUAUCCGUGGGAGACAGAAGAUUAAAGGGGAGCCGACUAUAAGACAGAUAAAGGAGCAGGCUGGAGCGGGGCUUUAGGAAGAAGGGGGCCGGAGAUGGACUUGGAUGAUGGAAAAAGCGGUCUUCCUAGCUUGCUCCAAUGCUUGGCUUAGUGAAUCAGUAAAUGGCAAAUUGCUAGCGAUCUCAGAAGCACAAGGAAGCAGAGGAAAGAAGGCCCGCCAGAAAGAGGGGGUUGGAGACCCCGGGUAUGAAAGAUACUCUUGAAAGCUAUCGAAGUGGACAAUAGAGUGCUUCUUCUUAUGAAAAAGCCCUCGAUGCUGUGUGAAAGAGCCAAAAUGAUUUAGCGUUUUAGCGUGGAGAGAGGACUUACGUUAGGGUGAACAAACGAUUUCAGAUGCUGCGACCAUGGCCUGAUUUUACGGAGUUCCGUAUAUGGAUUCUGAAAAGUGAAUUGAAUCCAUUUGCUGAUAGAUAAAGGAUAGGAACCUACCUAUCAGAAGAGGUUUUCACUAGAAUACGAACAAGAUAAGAGGAUGCCCCAUUAGAGGUAGAGGUUUUGGAAAAUGGGGUUUGAACCUACCCUAGUAGGGGUGUGAGGGCUUGAUUGAGAGUUUUUUGCUAGGAUACUUGAUUUCCUUCAAAGCGAUACUAAAACUACGGGUUCAGUACUCGAUGAUGGUAUUCUUCGUUUUUCAGUUCAGUAUUUGACUAAGUCCUCGGUACAACUCUUCCUUUCCACUCCUGACAUCCGCUCUGAAACAAGCUUGGUGUAUGGCGCACCGCAAUCAACGGAUGUGAGUGAAUGCAUUGGCCGGUUCUCAUGCCUAAUGUAUAAGCCGGAGGUCCCUCCUGACAACUGUCUUUUUUUCCGUUCACUCCUCACUCUACUAACGCGGGGUAAGUUAUUAUUUAUAUCCGACUGCCGGUGUCGGUACCUACGACUGUGGAAUGCUUUUUUUAUGUUAUUCAAAGAGGAACUCAAAGUCUAGUUUUACUUCAGCCAUGGUGGACAGCUUUCUUCCUUUUCGAGGUGUAUUCAGUGAGCAUCAUCGGAUGGGGCAGAAGAUGCCGCAGUGGAUUCACGCCUUCUCUCUGUUCCUAGAGUGUGAUCCUUAUUGUAUGCGACAGUUCGAGAGAUCGGUGGAGCUACUUCUUUACUUACCUGAUAGGAAGGACAAGAUGGAGUUUUGCCUUCACUUUCCGAGCUACCAGAUACUAGUGCCUAGCGGAAAAAUGGGAGUUGGAUUGAGGAAUGUAUUACAACUCCUAAGUUCUCUAUCUCUUUGAAUGGGAACUCAAUGGCUACUUUGCUGGAGAAAGGGGAUUAAGGCAAAGGGACCCUCUCGGACCUUACCUCUUAGUUCUUGAAAAGGUAUGGAACCGAACGAAAAGAAGCUGGAUAUACUGGAUAAUGGAAUAAGGUAUGCUACUAUAUCUACUGGUCCUAGGUAUGCUUAUGGAGCUGCUUCAAGCUCUCGACCUGGUUAAGAUGCUGCCCUUGAUUCUGUCACUAUAAAAUCUACACCAGGACCUGUGGAACCAAGCUAAGGUCACUAGUGAAUCUACGUAUGGAGCUGGGCGAAGGGGUGCUGGUAUGGCUCUAGAUCACGAAGGAAUCCGCCUAUCGAUCCGGCUAAGAUGAUGCCUAUGAUGCUGCUGGUACUUGUGAUGCAUCACCCAUCCCGACGUAUGGGUAUGGUUUUGCUACUGUAGACUAUGGCUCCGAUCUACUGGUGCCCACGCCUCCGC